CAAUGAUGGGCGCAGGUCGCUGAAGGGGGCCGGACGAGGCGUCUAGAAGGCGGGGGAUUGUGGUCGGCGGGUGUGUGCCAUGGCGGAUCCAGUGAGGAAGCGGGGCCGUAGACCCCGGGGCGGCAGUGUUGGCCGAGGGGCUCAUGGGUCCCGGGGCGGCCGGGGCCGGCGUCCUCGCGUCCCGCGGUCUCCAGCGCGGCCCACCCUGGACUCGAUGUUUGUGGACUUGGUCAGCGACAGCGAUGAAGAUAUCCUGGAGGUCACAACGGCGCACAGCGCUGCGGAGUCGGUCGAGGUCCCUCACCUAGAGUCCCCAGUGCCGGCUGCCCUCCGGGACGACAGCGACAGUGACAGCGAAGGGGCGGACGCGCCGCCGGCCGGAGCCCCGCGGGCCCCUGUCAGGCGGCGGCGGCGGCUGCUGGAUCCAGGGGAGGCACCGGUUAUUCCGGUGUACUCCGGGAAGGUGAAAAGCAGCCUUCGUCUCAUCCCAGAUCACCUGUCUCUUCUGAAACUCUGUCCUCCAGAAGCUGAGGAAGAGGCAGAUGUGGCAGAUUCUAGCAGUCCGCUUGCUGAGGAUGCCCCGUUUCCAGAUUCACCCUGGAUGAAGAAGCUGAGGAGUAGGGACUCAGAAAAGAAGACAAAGGAGGCAUUUCUGGUUCAGGACACCUCUCCUUUGCCUCCGCCUCCUCCGAGGACCAAAAGCAGGAAGCAUACUCGGGCACUCCAGAAGUUAAGGGAGGUGAACAAGCGCCUCCAAGACCUCCGUUCCUGCCUGAGUCCCAAGCAGCUCCAGGGCCAAGGUCACCACAACCAAGAAGAUGAGGUGGUCCUAGUGGAGGGUCCCAUCCUUUCUGAGAAACCCCGACUCUUCCCACUGAAAAUCAGGUGCCGGGCGGAUGUGGUCAGAUUGCCCAUGAGAAUGUCGGAGCCUCUACAGACCGUGGUGGACCACAUGGCCACCCAUCUGGGGGUGUCCCCAAGCCGGAUCCUCUUGCUCUUUGGAGAGACAGAGCUGUCCCCCACAGCCACUCCCAGGACCCUGAAGCUUGGAGUGGCAGACAUCAUUGACUGCGUGGUGCUAGCAAGUUCUUCGGAGACCUCAGGGAUGUCUCACCUGCUCCAGCUGCGGGUACAGGGCAAGGAGAAGCACCAGAUGCUGGAGGUGUCGCUGUCUCCGGAUUCUCCUCUCAAGACCCUCAUGUCCCGCUACGAGGAGACCAUGGGACUCUCAGGCCACAAGCUCUCCUUCUUCUUUGAUGGGACAAAGCUUUCAGGCAAGGAGCUGCCUGCUGACCUGGGCAUGGAAUCUGGGGACCUCAUCGAGGUCUGGGGCUGAAACCCUGUGCCCCAUUUUGAUGCGCAGCCUGGACCUGAGGGAGGACAGCUGUCUCCGUUGGCCCUGUAUAGGCUUAUCUUUAAGCUGAAGCAAAAUCUAGCAGCGAACUUUGCCCCUCCCUACCCCCCACCCCCUCUCCCGUUGACCCUGAUUUCAAGCCAUUGGUUACUUGGUCA